UUGAGGAAGUGCGUCUGGGCCCGGCCCGGCCCCCGCGCGCUCGGCCCGAGUCCGGGUGGGCAGAGGGCGGUGGGACCGCCAGGCCCCGGCCCGCUGGUGUCGGACCGGCCCGCUCGGCCUCGCAGUCCCAUAAGGCCGGUGCCCCUACCCCGCCGCCGCAGAAGGAGAAAAAUUUCUGCUCGACCAUGCCUGUGUGUCCAUGCCUUAACCCACCUGGGCAGCUGCAGUGGUGAUGACAACAGCAAGACCUGCCUUUGGAGAUUGGCUGCCUUCGGGGUUGAUGGCUGGCAUGUCACGGAGACUACCCAGCAUGUACUGGUGUGUGGGUCCAGAGGGAUCAACCAUGUGUCCAGAUCGCGCCAUGGAGACCCAUAAUGGUGCCGGGGCUAUGGGCAGCAAACUGUCCACAACAGGCGGGGACUCCACAGCACGGUCCCCCAGGACAGAAGACAUUCACAGCGCAUACAAGAAGGGAGACUUCAGCAGGGCCCGCCACCUGCUCAGGGAGGCUUGUGAAGAAUGCACAACCCAACUGGAAAAGGGUCAACUCCUGAGCAUCUCAGCGGCCCAUGGGGAUCUGGAGAUGGUCCGGUAUCUACUCUCUGAGAAACAGGUGGAGCUGCCAACGGAACCCACCGAUGACAACCCCGCUGUGAUGGCAGCACACUUUGGGCACACUGAAGUUGUACAUGAACUGCUGGAGUCCUUAGCAGGUCCCUGCAGCCCCCAGCGGCUGCUGAACUGGAUGCUGGCCCUGGCUUGCCAGCGAGGGCACCUGGGGGUGGUGAAGCUCCUGGUGCUGACACACGGGGCCGACCCAGAGAGCUACGCGGUGAGGAAGAACGAGUUCCCUGUCAUCGUCCGCUUGCCCCUCUACGCAGCCAUCAAGUCAGGGAAUGAAGACAUUGCCAUAUUCCUGCUUAGGCAUGGGGCUUUCUUCUGUUCCUACAUCUUACUGGACAGUCCUGACCCCAGCAAACAUCUCCUCAGGAAGUAUUUCAUGGAAGCAAGUGCCUUGCCCAGCAGUUGUCCAGGAAAACCAGCACUUCGUGUGAAAUGGUCCCAUCUUAGGUUGCCCUGGGUGGAUCUCGACUGGCUCAUAGACAUCUCCUGCCAGAUCACGGAGCUUGAUCUUUCUGCCAACUGCCUGGUUUCCCUCCCCUCGGUCAUUCCGUGGGGACUCAUCAACCUCCGGAAGCUGAAUCUCUCAGACAACCACCUGGGGGAACUGCCUGGCGUGCAGUCAUCAGAUGAGAUCAUCUGUUCCAGGCUACUUGAAAUUGACAUUUCCAGCAAUAAGUUGUCCCACCUCCCACCCGGGUUCUUGCAUCUCUCAAAACUUCAAAAACUGACAGCUUCAAAAAAUUACUUAGAAAAACUGUUUGAAGAAGAAAACGCCACUAACUGGAUUGGGUUGCGAAAGUUACAGGAACUUGAUCUGUCUGACAAUAAAUUGACAGAGCUCCCUGUCCUCUUCCUGCACUCUUUCAAGUCACUCAGUUGUCUGAAUGUCUCCAGAAACAACCUGAAAACAUUUCCAGAGCCCUGGGCCUGCCCGUUGAAAUGUUGUAAAGCAUCCAAAAAUGCCCUGGAAUCCCUGCCAGACAAAAUGGCUAUCUUUUGGAAAAAUCACCUCAAGGAUGUAGAUUUCUCUGAAAAUGCACUGAAAGAAGUUCCCCUGGGACUUUUUCAGCUUGAUGCCCUCAUGUUCCUGAGGUUACAGGGAAACCAGCUGGUAGCACUGCCACCUCAAGAGAAGUGGACUUGCAGGCAACUCAAAACUCUAGACCUCUCCAGAAACCAACUUGGCAAAAAUGAAGACGGACUUAAAACAAAGCGUAUUUCCUUUUUCACCACCAGAGGCCGCCAGCGUUCAGGGACUGAGGCAGCGUGUGUGCUGGAAUUCCCAGCCUUCCUAAGCGAGUCUUUGGAAGUCCUUUGUCUGAAUGACAACCACCUUGAUGCAGUCCCUCCAUCCGUUUGCCUGCUGAAGAGCUUGUCAGAGCUCUACUUGGGAAACAACCCUGGCAUUCGAGAGCUCCCUCCUGAGCUGGGACAACUGGGCAACCUCUGGCAGCUGGACACUGAAGACCUGAGCAUCAGCAAUGUGCCUGCAGAGAUCAGAAAAGAAGGUCCCAAAGCAAUGCUGUCUUUCCUGCGUGCUCAGUUACGGAAAGCAGAGAAGUGCAAGCUGAUGAAGAUGAUCAUCGUGGGUCCCCCGCGCCAGGGCAAGUCCACCCUCCUGGAGAUCUUACAGACGGGCAGGGCCCCCCAGGUGGCCCACAGCGAGGCCACCAUCAGGACCACCAAGUGGGAGCUCCAGAGGCCAGCAGGCUCCAAAGCCAAGGUUGAGUCCGUGGAAUUCAAUGUCUGGGACAUUGGGGGCCCUGCCAGCAUGGCUACUGUCAACCAGUGCUUCUUCACGGACAAGGCCCUAUACGUGGUGGUCUGGAACCUGGCGCUGGGAGAGGAAGCCGUGGCCAACCUCCAGUUCUGGCUGCUCAACAUUGAGGCUAAGGCCCCCAAUGCUGUGGUGCUGGUGGUUGGAACACACCUGGACUUGAUUGAAGCCAAGUUCCGAGUGGAGAGAAUCGCGACGCUUCGAGCCUACGUGCUGGCGAUCUGCCGCUCGCCCUCCGGGUCCAGAGCCACAGGCUUCCCAGACAUCACUUUCAAACACUUACACGAGAUUUCCUGUAAGAGUCUGGAAGGUCAGGAAGGGCUGCGGCAGCUGAUUUUCAACUUCACAUGCAACAUGAAGGACGUGGGCAGUACCAUCGGCUGCCAGCGACUAGCAGGGAGACUGGUUCCUAGGAGCUACCUCAGCCUGCAGGAGGCCGUGCUGGCAGAGCAACAGCGUCGCAGCCUUGGUGACGACGUGCAAUACCUGACGGACAGGCAGCUGGAGCAACUGGUGGAGCAGACACCUGGCAACGACAUCAGAGACUACGAGGACCUGCAGUCUGCCAUCAGCUUCCUCAUAGAAACUGGCACCCUGCUGCACUUCCCGGACACCAGCCACGGCCUGAGGAACCUCUACUUCCUGGACCCCAUUUGGUUAUCUGAGUGUCUGCAGAGAAUAUUCAACAUUAAGGGCUCCAGGUCGGUGGCCAAGAAUGGGGUGAUCCGUGCAGAGGACCUCAGGAUGCUGCUGGUGGGGACGGGCUUCACACAGCAGACCGAGGAGCAGUACUUCCAGUUUCUGGCCAAGUUUGAGAUCGCCUUGCCCGUUGCCAAUGACAGCUACCUCCUGCCACAUCUCCUUCCAUCCAAACCUGGCCUGGACACCCACAGCAUGCGGCACCCCACGGCCAACACCAUCCAGCGAGUGUUUAAGAUGAGCUUCGUUCCUGUUGGCUUCUGGCAAAGGUUUAUAGCACGGAUGCUGAUCAGCUUGGCUGAGAUGGACCUGCAGCUUUUUGAAAACAAGAAGAAUACUAAAAGCAGGAACAGAAAAGUCACCAUUUACAGUUUCACAGGAAACCAGAGAAAUCGCUGUAGUACAUUCAGAGUGAAGAGAAAUCAGACCAUCUAUUGGCAGGAGGGGCUUCUGGUCACUUUUGAUGGGGGCUACCUCAGUGUGGAAUCCUCUGAUGUGAAUUGGAAAAAGAAAAAAAGUGGAGGAAUUAAAAUCAUUUGCCAGUCAGAAAUGAGGGACUUCUCAGCAAUGGCUUUUAUCACAGAUCAUGUCAAUUCCCUGAUCGAUCAGUGGUUUCCCGCCCUGACAGCCACGGAAAGUGACGGGACCCCUCUCAUGGAGCAAUAUGUGCCCUGCCCAGUCUGUGAAACCUCCUGGGCCCAGCACAAGGAUCCCAGUGAGAAAUCGGAAGGCGUUCAGUACUUCGACAUGGAAGACUGUGUGCUGACAGCCAUCGAGCGGGACUUUAUCUCCUGCCCUAGACACCCAGACCUCCCUGUGCCACUCCAGGAACUGGUGCCUGAGUUGUUCAUGACAGACUUCCCAGCCAGGCUCUUCCUGGAGAACAGCAAGCUGGAGCACAGUGAGGACGAGAGCAGCAUCCUGGGCCAAGGUGGCAGUGGCACCGUCAUCUACCGGGCCCGAUACCAGGGCCAGCCUGUGGCUGUGAAGCGAUUCCACAUCAAGAAAUUCAAGAAUUUUGCUAAUGUUCCAGCAGACACAAUGCUGAGGCACCUGCGGGCCACAGAUGCCAUGAAGAACUUCUCAGAGUUCCGGCAGGAGGCCAGCAUGCUGCAUGCCCUGCAGCACCCCUGCAUCGUGUCACUCAUCGGCAUCAGCAUCCACCCGCUCUGCUUCGCCCUGGAGCUCGCCCCACUAAGCAGCCUCAACACUGUGCUGUCUGAGAACGCCAAAGAUUCUUCCUUUAUGCCCCUGGGACACAUGCUUACCCAAAAAAUAGCUUAUCAGAUUGCCUCAGGCCUGGCCUACCUGCACAAAAAGAACAUCAUCUUCUGCGACCUGAAGUCGGACAACAUCCUAGUGUGGUCCCUGGAUGUCAAGGAACACAUCAACAUCAAGCUGUCUGACUAUGGGAUCUCACGGCAGUCCUUUCAUGAGGGAGCCCUGGGUGUGGAGGGCACCCCUGGCUACCAGGCCCCAGAGAUCAGACCUCGCAUCGUGUAUGAUGAGAAGGUAGAUAUGUUCUCCUAUGGGAUGGUGCUCUACGAAUUGCUAUCAGGACAGCGUCCUGCACUGGGCCACCACCAGCUUCAGAUUGCCAAGAAGCUGUCCAAGGGCAUCCGCCCCGUUCUGGGACAGCCAGAGGAAGUGCAGUUCCAUCGACUGCAGGCACUCAUGAUGGAGUGCUGGGACACAAAACCAGAGAAGCGCCCGCUGGCCUUGUCUGUGGUGAGCCAGAUGAAGGACCCAACCUUCGCCACCUUCAUGUACAUGCUGCCCUGUGGGAAGCAGACUGCCUUCUUCUCGUCGCAGGGCCAAGAGUACACUGUGGUGUUUUGGGAUGGAAAAGAGGAAUCCAGGAACUACACCGUGGUGAACACAGAGAAAGGACUUCUGGAAGUGCAGAGGAUGACCUGUGCUGGGAUGAAGCUGAGCUGCCAGCUCAAGGUCCAGAGCUCUCUGUGGACUGCCACCGAGGACCAGAAAAUCUACAUCUACAGCCUCAAGGGCAUGUGCCCCUUGAACACGCCCCAGCGGGCCUUGGACACUCCGGCUAUUGUCACCUGCUUCUUGGCAGUACCUAUUAUUAAAAAGAAUUCCUUCCUGGUGUUGGCAGGCCUGGCUGAUGGGCUCGUGGCUGUGUUUCCCGUGGUGCGGGGCACCCCGAACGACAGCUGUUGCUACCUGUGCUCACACACAGCCAACAGGUCCAAAUUUGGCAUCCCAGACGAAGACACACGGCAGAACCCCUACCCAGUGAAGGCCAUGGAGGUGGUCAACAGCGGGUCUGAGGUCUGGUACAGCAACGGGCCAGGCCUCCUCAUCAUUGACUGCACAGCCCUGGACAUCAGCAGGCGGCUGGAGCCCUACGCUGCCCCCUCAGUCGUCAUGUCAGUCGUGUGCAGCUCCGAUUGCAGGGGAGAGGAGGUCGUCUGGUGCCUGGACGACAAGGCCAACUCCUUGGUUAUGUACCAUUCAGCCACCUACCAGCUGUGUGCUCGAUACUUUUGCGGGGACCCCAGCCCCCUCAGGGACAUGUUUCCUGUGCAACCCUCAGGCCUGGAACCCCCAUGCAACCACAUGACCAGCCUGAAGGGACCUGAAGGGGAUUGCAUCGCAGAUGUGAGCAUAAUGUACAGUGAGGAGCUGGGCACGCAGAUCCUGACCCACCAGGACUCGCUGACCGACUACUGCUCCAUGUCCUCCUACUCCUCGUCCCCACCCCGCCGGGCCACCAGGUCCCCCUCCAGCCUGCCCAGCUCCCCAGCCAGCUGUUCCAGUGUGCCUUUCUCCACUGACUGUGAGGACUCAGACAGGCUGCAGGAGCCCAACGCUGCCUCCGACAGGUCUGAGCACGACCUGACCCCCAUGGAUGGGGACACGUUCAGCCAGCACCUGCAGGCUGUGAAGGUCCUUGCUGUCAAAGACCUCAUCUGGAUCCCCAGGCGUGGUGGAGAUGUUAUUGUCAUUGGCCUGGAGAAGGAUUCGGGUGCCCAGCGGGGCCGUGUCAUUGCCGUCUUAAAAGCCCGAGAGCUGACUCCUCAUGGGGUGCUGGUGGAUGCAGCUGUGGUGGCAAAGGACACUGUGGUGUGUAGCUUUGAGAAUGAAAACACAGAAUGGUGCCUGGCUGUCUGGAGGGGCUGGGGUGCCAGAGAGUUUGACAUUUUCUACCAGUCCUACGAGGAGCUGGGCCGGCUGGAGGCUUGCACACGCAAGAGAAGGUAAUUCCUGUGGAAGGACCCAAGUGUAGAGCCAGCUGGCCCCAGGGAUGCUGCCUGAGUCCUCUGCCUGCUGCCCUCGGAAGAUCCAGAGAACCGAUGGAGUUCUGCCCUGAACCCUGUGCUGCUACGUGCUGAGAAGUUACCUGCCUGGCUGUGGUUUGGGAGUUCUCAGGUUCUGCAGGGCAGUUACCUGAAUACCUUGUCCCCCUAUUGCUGGUUUUACAGCCCAAGGGAAGAUCGUGGGGUCUGGUCAGGAGGGGCCUCCUCUAUUGGCUUCCAGGAGCAGGGGAGGGGGUACCCCAUUCUAGGUUGAGUCCCACAAAGGGACCGGUCUCAGAUGGAAUUACACUAGAGCCUCUCUGUUGAGGAGCAUUACGGGGCAGGAUGGGAGGAGGGCUGUGACCCCUGGCCCUUCCCCUGCGGAGACCCCAGUCACUGAGCCCAUUUCAUAAGCUCGAGUCCCAGGAGCAUGGGGCCCAGCUUGAGCAAGCUGAGAUCAGAUGUCUUUAUCUGGGCAAAGUGUCUGAGAAACCCCCAGAAGGACCCUGGGCAAGGAGAGUCGCCCAAGCUGAGGAAUGAAUGAGUCCCCUUAAGUACCACAGCCGGAAAGCCCAGUGCAGGAGCACCCGCUGGCCUUUACAUUCUUCUCCUACCAACAAAAGGAAGAAACCCAAUCAGCAGGACUUGCAAAAGGGCCUUGUGUUUAUGCUUAGUAAAAUAAACUUGGACACAGCUGAGCACAAGCCCUGUUUGUUUGCACAUCAUAAUCAUGUUUAUCACUUUAACAAAUUAAGUAAUAUCUCAGCGGUUAGGCCUCUGGUUGUGAAAUCACAUGGUAUGGGGCUUCUACCAAAUUAUGUAUUUGCUAAACAUUUACUGCACACAUGGACAGCAGACUAUGAAAAGUGGAACUGUUAACAGGGAAUGUAUGGUUACGACAGGGAGUGGUUUUAUAAAUUGUAUGUACACACGCGCACUCAUAUCCACGUCUUUGCCAGGACUUGCCAUUUGAGACUGCUUGACCCAGAGUGGAAGUCUGAAUGUGAGGUCACACUCCAGCUCAAGCUGAUGAACCUUUUCUAAAAUUAAAUUAUAAAAGUCAAACUUAUGAUUUGUGGGGUGUGCAGGCAGAUGUGACUCCUUUUAUCUGAAAAUAAACAGACCCUAAGAAUGAAAUCACGGUCUCUGUCUGCCGAGGGCUUGGGACAGCAGCACAGACUUGGUCCCUCCAACUUCACUCACUGUCCUGGGUGGGAACAGACAGCCCGUAUUCAGCCCUCAGCUUGUAGGCUGCCCCAUAUCAGUGUCCAGUCAGUCACAGACCUGGGAAACAAAUCCCCCACUUCCUUUUACUAGCCUGGGUCCCAAGUCCUGGGGAACUGAGGGUCCAUGCCUUCUGCCCACUCC